UGACGGCGUGCGCUGCUUCAUUGCUCCGCCAGAGUUUAGAGAGUACACAAGUCGUUCGAGAUUUAUAAUUCAAAUAAAAACUAACCAUCGAAUUAUCACAUAAAACUUUGUCUCAUUUUUUCAAAUUCCUUGACGCCUGAAAAUCCAAGCCUUUUCGUAUUUUUUUCACCGUAGAAUCAGUGAGUGUCUGUGUUGAAGUGCGAAAAAUCGACGGUUGAAAGACCGACCGGAAGAUAAACAGAGCGUACAGCAAAACGAAUAAAUAAACAAAUAAAAUGGCUGACAAUGGUAUCAAGCGUAACAUUCCCAUCAAACUCGGUGACUUCAGCGUCAUCGACACCGAAUUCUCAAACAUACGGGAACGUUUCGACGCCGAGAUGAGGAAGAUGGAGGACGAGAUGUCGAAAUUCCGCAGUGAACUCAUGAACCGGGAAAGCAACAACUUCUUCAAGAGCACCACGAGCCGACAUCACACGAGCAGCAGCGAGCAUCGAACCACAACCUCGAAGACGGAAGGUUGGGAUAAGGUCGAUCCGGUUUCCUCGGCUCAGCCAAAGCGCUCCAUGUUCGACAAUUUCACCAGCUCAACGACCCAACAGAGUACCCAGAACAGUUCUCUCAGCCCCCAACACGACUCUCGCACCUGGCUGGACGGACUCAACAGCCCCCUCAUCCAGGAUGAAGGCGACAACAAAAUGCUUAAACUCAGAUUCGACGUCUCACAAUACACGCCCGAGGAAAUCGUCGUCAAGACCGUUGACAACAAACUUUUGGUCCACGCGAAACACGAGGAAAAAACCGAGAGCAAGUCCGUCUACAGGGAGUACAACAGAGAAUUCUUGCUGCCGAAGGGUACGAAUCCGGAAAGCAUCAAAUCCUCGCUCAGCAAGGACGGCGUCCUGACAGUCGAAGCUCCACUUCCGGCCAUUGGAUACGGCGAGAAACUCAUCCCAAUUUCCCACAACUAAAUUAUACAAAUUUAACUACAUAUAUAUGAAAUAUAUAGAUAUAUUAUUGUAUACCACACGCACUAUUACAAAGUACAGAUGUAUUUUGUAUCCGAAAGCUUAUUUGGCCUUUUUAUCCAAUUGGUUCUGCGUUACAAGGGUCUUGUCUUUUUUUGUCAAAAUCAUUUAGACCUGAAAAUAUGAAGUUUUCUUUUUCACUUACGUCUCGUUCAUUUCUUCGCUGUUUUUCUCCUCCUUAAUCGCUUUGUUUGUGGAAGUACAACGCACACGGUGCAUUCAUUAAAAUCCAUCGUUGUCCGGCGAUCCUGAAAAUCCUCACAUUUUUGUACACUGGAAAACAAGUUUUUUGAUGUUGCACGCGACGGAACCGAAGGUCGUUCUAAUCGAAAAAUACAUAAAUUCAGUUCUGGCUAUGCCUAAAUAAACUGUGGAGCGUUGAAAACCCUCCAAUAUGCUAUUGUCGUGCCUCAAUAAUUAGCCUCUUCGAGCCGAGUUUCUGAGCCUUCAGCCAAUUUACAAUAGUUUUAUGCGCGCUUCAAAAGCUCCUGUGAUCGACGAAUAUUCGACGGUGUUUUGGGCGAAAGAAUUUUGAAAUUCAUCGAUGAAACGUCGUGAAUGAAAAUUAUUUCAUCCUGAAAGGACUUUGAAAAUUUGACCAAGAAUUGUAUAUUGAAUAAACCGAUACCUGCGACAAAGAGGAAUUAACUGGAUUGACAGUGAAAUGAUUUGAGAGAAAAUAAUUUCGAAAUACGGUACAAAUACAAAAUGAAAAUUUUCAUUCACACAUGUGGUAGUUUAUAUGUACGUCAAAAGACUAAAAAAAACAUGCCUAGCCUAUUCGUAAGCAUUGCUAUAUUAUUUAUGAAUAUUUUAAUACUUUCAAAAGUUCAUAAUGUUUAAAGGUGAAUUAAGAACAAUGUUGAGAAGAACUGAAUAAAGGCAAAUUUGAAAAUGUA